AAAAUUUUUUAACUUUAAUCCCAUUUAAACUUAAAACUGAAUAUUUUUCUCUAAAAAAAAAUUUACCUAAGUUGUAAUAUCUACUCUAUGUCCACGUUCUUUCUUUAAUUUAUAAACGCACUUUACAUGGAUCUAUAAGAGCAACACUGCUCUUUUAUAUGUAUUACGUAACACUUGGCUAGUUGUGAGCUAAAAUCUUUUUUCUUCUCCUUCCUAUCACUUGCAUAAUACCUAAGUGAGUAUUAAGCCAGUAUAUGUCCACAAACAGGUCAAGGGUUAAAAUAUACAAAUAAAACGACAAUGUUGUGUCAUGAAAAUAUGUAUGAAAUGAGUAGGUUAAAAAAACCCACCACAGUGGGGUUGUGGCACAGUGUUGAUUUGGAGAAAGCGUAUGAUAACUGUAAGUGUAAGAGUACCGAGAGAAAUUCUAAAGUGGGCAUUAAUAAGAAAAGGAGUCCCGAAAAGGUACAUUAAUAUAAUACAGGAUAUGUAUAAUGGCAUUUGUACUAGGGUGAAAAGUGUGGGAGGAGUAACAGAAGGUUUUCGGGUAAGUGUAGGAGUGCAUCAGGGUUCUGCUUGAAGCCCUUACUUAUUUUCUAUACUUAUGGAUGAAAUUACUAGAGAAAUACAAGGAGAGGUGCCGUGGUGCAUGUUGUUUGUUGACAAUAUAAUGUUAAUAUGAGAAAAUAGGGAGAAAAUUAAUCAAAGGCUAGAGGUGUUGAAUCAGCUCUUGAAGAAAAUGGUUUAAGAAUAAGUAGGAGUAAUACAGAGUAUAUAGAGUACGAGUUUGAUAAAGAAGAAUACAAGGUACGUGAAAUGAAGGAAUUAAUGACAAUAAGCAAGGACGUGAUAAGAAAGGUGUAAUGUUUUAAGUAUUUAGGAUCAGUUAUGCAAAAAAGUGGUGGUAUUGAUGAGGAUAUAAGACACAGGAUUAAGUGUGGGUGGUUGAAGUGGAGAAAAGUGUCUGGCGUCUUAUGCGAUAAAAGAAUUCCAAUGAGACUGAAAGGUAAAUUCUACAAGACUGUAAUGAGACUAGCUAUGAUGUAUGGUUCAGAGUGUUGGACGGUUGAUAACAAAGUAGAGCAGAGAAUGAGUGUAGUAGAGAUGAGAAUGCUUAGAUGGAUGAGUGGAAUGACUAGAAAAGAUAGAAUAAGGAACGAGCAUAUAAGAGGGAGUAUAGGUGUAGCGUCAAUUGCGGAUAAGAUGAGAGAAAAUAGACUAAGAUGGUUUGGUCAUGUUAUGAGAAAAGAAGAAUCGGAAGCCGUAAGAACAGUUGUACAAAUGAAUGUUGAAGGAAGGAGAGAUAGAGGAAGACCAAAAAACAGAUGGAGAGAUGUUAAUGAAUGCAAUAUGAGGACAGCGGAUGUGAGCGUAGAGGAUGUGGGAGAUCAUGUCAAGUGGAAGUUUAGAAUAAGAGUGGCUAACCCCAAGUAGUUGGGAUUAAGGCGAAAAAAAAAAGAAGAAAAGUAUUCAUUUUUAACCUACUAAAGUUUAUAAUAAAAAAAAAUGAAUUUAUUACCAUUAGUUUUAUCUCAACUUACAAGUUUGUAAUUUACAUCAUUAAAUAGAAACAAAUGAAAUUGUUAAGAUUAAUAUGCAGUCAGGAAAUUUUAUAAUUACUAUUUACAGUAAAUUUAUCAGAAAAUAUCUAUUUUGUUUUGCAUUUAA